AUGUCAAAUGAAAACGAAUUCGUUGAAGUAAUUGUUAAGCUUCCUGGUGGGAAGGAUAAUAAGUUGGUUCUUUCAGUCUCUAAAUUAGGCAAAGUGCAACAAAUUAUUGACUACUUGGCGUUCCAUAAGACUAAGAAAUACUAUACCAACUAUUCUUUACUUUAUAACCAAAAAAAGUUGGAUAGCGAUGAAAUCAUAUCCGAUCUUGUGGGAAAUGGGACAACUUUACAUGUUCAAAUGCAAUUCAAACUCUAUACCGCUAAGGAUGUUUUACAACACUUUUUAAGUUUCCGUGAGUACGUUGGUCUUGUUUGUGAGACUUAUGAUGGUAUAUCUGAGUUUGCACUAUCUACCCCAGCUAAGUUCAGCGGUGCUCCUUUUAUGGAAAUUAAGAAUCUUCCUGCAAAGAGCGCCGAGGAAAAUGAAAGGCAGACAAUGCGGGUUAGUGAAGAGGAGAAAUAUCGUUUUUUCGAUCUCGUUAAUCAAGCAUUGGAAUCUCGGUCUGCAGUUCCUGGUAUCUUGAAGUCUGGAGGGAAUAUCAUUAUUCCCUGUCUGCGCUCUUUGAUAAUUUCUGGUUACAAUCCUGUACCAGCUUUUUUCAGGACAAAGGGUCAUCUAAUGUACUUCCAAAUUGUCACCCUGGAAGGUGAAACUUUCCAUGUUACUGCUACUCCUGGUGGCUUUUUUGUGAACAAUUCAACUUCAUCGAGAUUCGAUCCAACUCCAAGAAAUGAAGCAGUAACGAAACAAACCUUGUACGAAGUUUGUUCACAUCAAUCAACCAAAUUUGUGCAGCAUGUAUCUAAGUUGGAGAAUGCAUACAAGGAAAACGACAGUACCGCAUAUGCUAGACCUGUUACUACCUUUUUGCACAAGCCAUGGAUGGUUUCUGCUUUGCCUCCAAAUAAUGUUGAUUUCACUCAAUUGCAAUACACGGCUUUGGAUUUCCACACUGACAGGAACUUUAAUGAUGAGUACCAAACAGUUAGGGAGAGCCUAUCCUCCGAUGUAACUACUUUAUUGGAAGAGGAAAAACUGCUCUCUAGAGUCAUCCACGAGUUUAACGUCGCUGCUACAAAGGGAGCAAUGGACAUCUUUUAUGAUAACUUAGUUGCCCUCAAUCCGGAUUCACCACGGAUGGAACAUGUUUACUUGAAAAACAGCAUAUUUUACUCCUUUAUUUCUGAUUUCGAUGGUCGUCACGCUGAUGCUGGUGGAGACGAAGCAGCUCAUGCUUCGGCCAACCAAGAUUUACAAGCAGUUAAGGUACUAUUGCAUAGUAAUGUAAAGAAGGCAUGCCAUUUAUUGACCGCGAUCAUCGAAUUUGGUGGUGUUCGCGUUUUGGCUCAAUCUCCUGUACCAGGUAUUUUGGAUUCAAACGGUGUGGAGCGGAUUAAGGAUGAAAAUGGAGAGUAUGUUACGAGGGAAGUGCCGAAUGAAGUUCGUGUUCGUUACGGACAAGAUGAAACUACAGGAAAAAUUAUGUACGACGAAGAGAUUGCCAAUAAUCUAUAUGAAUUUCAACGUGUUUUCCAUUUGAAAACCCAUACUGUUGGUGAACAAUCUAAGCUACAGACAUCUUGUAAGUCGAAGGGUAUUAUUGGUUCUGAUAAGAGAUGUUACAUUCUGGACCUGGUUAACAAUCCAUUGGAUGUUGAAUUUGUCCGUGAAAACUACGACGGUGAAACGGAUGAAGAAGCUCGCUACCCACACAGACAGACAUUAAUUCGUCAUGAGCUGGUGGAAAGAUGGUGGAUCACAAAGGUUGAAAACGAUAAAAUUGAGUUAUCUGAUGCUUUUAGGGACAAUGUUCAUGCAUUUAAUCCAGAUGCUUACCAAAUGGAAGGUAUCGAAGAUAAAACCGUUGAUGAUAUUUCUAACUUUUUAAGAUUGAAAGCAAUUCCGGAACUUGUAAAGAAAUUUGCCGAUGGUACAGUAAGUGUGCCUUAUACUGGUGAACAUCUUGUUGAUAUUCUUCACAAUUCUGGUAUUAAUUUAAGGUACUUAGGCAAGAUUAUAAACUUAGCCGAAAAAGAACUUGAGGAACAGAAGUCAGCCAGGUCUGCAGCCCAGUCCAAGAUAGCAGAAGGUAAUAAGGAACAUGCUGAAUGGGAAUCCAAUUAUCUAAAGAAGAUUGAGGGAAUGAUUUUAGAAAGGCAAGCAAAAAUUCAGCAAUUACUAAAGGAGAAUAAAGAAAUCCCGCCAGAACUCAGUGGUGAGCUGGCUUUAGAUGAAAAUGAGGUCAGAAAACCUCAUGAUGGCGACGCUGUUGUUGUUAAUAACGACAACUUGCUCACAUUGAUAGAGUUGUCUAAGUUAGAAAUCAUUUCUCGGUCAGUGAAGCAUGUCAUUAGAAAGUAUUCCAAAGAGUUGCCAGCAAUUAUGGUUAGCUCUUUGAUUUCUUACGUUUUGAAUUUAUUGUUUGGAAGUAGCUACAACUCAAAACCUCCUGUUGAGAUCCCUGAUGAAGUUUACGCAUCUUUUUCAUUCGAGUUUACAAAGUUGAACCAGCAAUCUUUGUUGCAAGAAAUUGCUUCUCAGGCACAACGUCGCUUUGGAGUUGCUCUUUCUUCUGAUUGGCUAUCACAGUACGGAGAAUCUCCCUUCAUGCUUUUAAGAUCUGUUUGUAGCAAAAAUGGUAUCCAAUUGUUGAACAAAGAAUACUUCUUUACGAAGGAACAAUAUGAGUCUUGGAAGCAAUCUCAAGAUAAGAAGGUUAGAAACAAGCUAGUGGACCCUGUGGCUACUUUCUGUAUCCAAGAUUUCAGUUUGCGCCCUAUUGUUAAAGUUGCCGACAUGAAUACAAAUGUUGGCGAUAGAUAUUGGGCACAAGCUUCGGAAUUACUAAAACAGGACGACAACCAGCAACAUGCUCUAGUAUUAUUUACUCAAGCUAUUGCCGCUAGAGAAGAAAUUUAUGGUGUUGUACAUCCAAUUGUCGCAGAAUCAUACUAUGCAUUGUCAAAUGUUUACUCUAAUCUAGGUGCAUUUGUGCAAGCAAUUGCACUCUGUCGUAAGGCUUGUGCCAUAUAUGAAAGAGUUGCCGGCUAUGACUCAUUCCAAUUGAUGAGAUGUUUGAAUGGCCUUGCAUAUUUAGAGUUGUCGAAUGAAUCGCCAUUUAACGCUGCCUUAUCUUUAAGCAUGCUCCUAGAGAUAUUUAGUUGCAACUGUCCCUCAAUUCACCCAUCAGUUAUAAGUGCAUAUUACACUUUAGGCACCAUAACUGGUUCCAUGAAAAAUGUUCCCCAAAACAUUCAAGUAUUAAACAAAAUCUCAGAAUUAAUACUGAAGGUUGAUGGCGAGAUGACCUACCCAUAUGCUUUGAACGAAUCACGUAUUGGGAACCUUUAUGCUUCUAUUGAAGACUUUGAAAACUCAUUGCCAUAUAUUCAGAACAGUUUCGAUUUAUUCUGUAAGGAGCUGGGUUUGAACCAUCAAACCACAGCUCAAUGUAAAAGAUGGAUUAGUGGUAUCGAAAAUAUCAUCACAGAGAAGGAGCAGCAGAAGAAAUUAGCCGCGGCAUCCAACACAGUAACAGGAAGUAACCCAAAGCCUAAGAAAUCCAAUACUAAUUCAGUCAACCCAAAUCCUGAACUAGUUUCAAAAUCAAUCGAUGAACUAGUGAACUUUAUUAAUGGUGAUGGGAGCUCUAAAUCUUCUAAAACGCAAAACAAAAACAAGAAGAACUCCAGCAAGAAAAAGGCUUUGAGCAAAAAGAGUAUUUGA